UGAUUUCAGCCAGGACUUGUGCCCACUGGCCACCCUGCUGGCUAUUUUGUGUAUUGCUCCUGAUUUCUGUUGUGUUUUGUAUGACCAUGUGCUCUGUUAUCGGUCAUGUGUUGUCUCCACCCCUCUCCUUAUUUGGUCUUUGCUUCCUGUCUCUGCUUGUUCCCUCCAUUUUCUUUUCUCACCUGAUCCCGUUUGUCUCUGUCAAUUCAUUAAUUGUUUGCUCACCUGUCUUCACUGAUUAUCUGCUCUGUCAUUGGUUAUCUACUUAAUUGUUCUGUGUUUUUGGGUUCUGUGUUGGCUUUGUGUCUUUUUCGGAUCGUGAUUUCUGUUUCUUCUAGACUAAGUGAUUACAGUAUGUAUGUGUCUGAGUAAAGUCUGGAUUAAUUCAAGUCUUGCUUCACUGGUCGUGCAUUUGGGUCCUCCUUCCUGAAAUCUGACAAUGUCCGUAUAUUGGGAGGGACAUUUUGGUCAUAUUUGAAUAUUGGGGGGGGGGGGGGACACGUCCCCCUCAAUGUCUAUGGUGACUACGGCCCUGUAAAAAUAAAAAGUGAAGAGUGCUCGUCCCGGCCCCCAGUGCUCUGUGACAGGAAGAGUGUGUCCGGCGCAGUGCUAAAAAGAGGCUAACUUAAUAACUCCUCCAGCAGCUUCCUGUUAGGCGGAUGUGUGUGUGCGCAUCGAUCUGGUUCGUGCCCGGGAGGUAUUGAAUGGCGGAUGAGGGUAUUACUGGAGGCCAUGACUGACCCUCUGAAAAACCCUGUUGGGCCUUUGCUUGCUGUCGCCCGCAUUGUUGCAGAUUAUGACUUAUACAGAGACACUAUACUGCUCCAUAGCCCAAGCCUGGCAGGCAUUGCUGUGACCUUGAUCCCCUUCCCUGACCCUCCCGAGUCGGCCUUCUCUCUGCUCCCCCUCACCACUCACGGCCGCCCACAGGUGUCCCCGGCAGGCUGUCCUCAGCAGCGGCCUGUGUGGAGGCACAGCUUCCUCUUCCUGGGUCGAGACUGCGCCACAGUGUUUACGCCUGGAGCAGCGCUGGUGCUGGAGCUCUACCCCACCACCACAGUAAUGAACUCUGUGAGUUGGCACCUGCGUAGCCCAGUGGGAUUCUGCAUGCUCUUCCUGGACCAGGGCCUUUACAGGAAGCUGAUGUCAGAGAGGGGACACAGGGGCUUUAGAGUACCACAGCUCCCCCUGCAGGGCAGCCAUCUCCAGACCACUACAGGCUCCACCCCUUCUGUCAGCAUCGUCCUCCGUCUGAUUGGCUCAGAGCGUCCAGACUCCAUCUUGACUGAGGCGGACACCAGUCUCCUGCCCUGUUUGGACUCUGAGCAGCAGGAUGAGUCGGCAUCCUCCAUGACGCCCACCCCCCACCUUCCCCCAGACUCCCCCACACCUCCCUCUUUCCCAUCAGACCCGCAGCAGGAGCCAAACCCCCCCACAUCACCCCCUCUCCAUGUCUCCAUAGACCACCUCACCCCGCCCCUGCCUGACCUCCAGAGGGAAAGCUUUGGGCUGCCCUCGUACGACGCCCUGGCCCAGAUCCUCCCGGAGUACCAGCACCUCCUCAGAACCGUACGGCCCGAGAAGCAGGACCAGGGGAAGACCGAUGGAGCCCAGAGCCAGAGGAAAGACCCGGCUCAGAUCAACCACACCUAUGACAUUCACGGCCCGAACAAACGCCCCCCCAUCCCUGACUUCCAGGACAGCUCCUUCACUGCUGAGGUCACGGAGCAACAGAACAAAGAACUGGAAAACUAUCGCACAGCCAUGUGUAAGAUGGCGGAGGACAUCAUUGCCUUGCGCACACAGCAAGCUGCUUUGGAGGCAGAAAACAGUCAUCUCCGUAGUGCCCUCAGUCUCCAUCAGGAGGUGGGCCACACACUUCUGCAGGACACAGACGUGGAUGUCAUGACCAAGGCUGAAAUCACAGACCGAAUUGCCUCCCUGAAGGUCAAACUGGCCAGUGAGACAAGCAAAGCAGCAUCGCAGCGUGACAAAAUCCAGCAGCUUCAAAAUGAGCUAAUUAAGAAGAAUGAUCAUGAGAAGGAGCUGGAAAGACUGAGGAGGGCUCACCAGCAGCAGCAGGCUGUGCUGCAUCGCUACCAGAGUCAUGGAGCCAAAAUGGCCGGCCUGGAGACCACAGUACGCCAGCAGGAAAAGGUUAUUGAAAAGAUGGAGAAGGUCUUGGACACAAAACUUAGAGAACGAAACAAAGAAAAUACUGAUAGGAAGAAGCUUGAUAGCAAAGGUGGCAACCUAACACAGGAAGGCAGGAAGAAGGAGAUUGAAUGUGUCCUGGCUGCUGAAAAUGCUCGUCUCAGAGAGGAGCUGGAGAGAAUGAGAUAUCAACCCCCACCUGUCAUCCUCCAGCAACCAACACGGACAAUCCAGGUCUUUCCUGACAGAGAAAAGUUCAGCCUGUUGAGUCAGCUGGAGAGAGCAGAGGCUCGUAUGCACACACUGGAGCACCAGCUGAAGGCUAACGCCAGAGAAUGGGGCCGAGAGAAGCAGUCCUUGACCACUAAGCUGAGGGAACAGGAGCAUGGUUUCGCCCGCACAUCAGCCGUGAUCCUCCACGACCUCCCCGCGAAAAGUGUGACAGAGUCUGUACUUGGCCGAAUUAGGCACAGACAGCUGGACCCUCUCAAAUGACCUGCAGUCAAGCGGAUUUUAAAGAAAAAAAUGCAAUUCAUUUCUGUAAUAUAGUCUUAAUAAACCAAUGCACAAGAACCAAUGUACCAAAAUCAAUGUCAUUAAU